UGACGGAAAUACCCCCAGAUUGGCGACCUCCGUAUAUGUAACGAUCGCGGCACCUUCUCCUACCACGCGAUUUCCCCUUCGGCGCUUCAAAGUUCGAAGCCAAAAAUUGAAUACCCUAAAUUCAGCAGACUAUUCUCUUCUCUUCUUCUCUGCUCCUUCUUCUUCUUCUUCUUUCUUCUUGUUCUGCAAUUUUGUUUUCUAGAUUCAAUCGAUCAAUCGUGUUUUUGCCCCAAUUGGGAUUUGGGAGGAAUUGGAAUCGGAAUCGGAAUUAUUAGCUCCGAUCGUCGUUGUUUGAGCUAUUGAUUUGUUAUGAAGGUGUGAAUGAAAGGGAUAUGGCUAUGGGGACGGAAAGAUCGAGGGCGUUGCACAAUUUCACGAUGCCGUCGGAAUUGCGGUGGGGAAAUCAGCGGUUUCUGAGGUGCAUGAAGGUCAACUCCUCCGACGGACAAAUCUCGCCGCUCCACCGCUUCACUGCGAACACCUCCGGCGGUUCCGAUCAUCGGAACCACCGGCAUCCGAUACAGCAGCGGCGGACCACAAGAGAUAGAGACGAGGAGAGAGGUGUGAGCUCCGCGGCCGGCUCCGAGUUUACGAGCGGAUCCCCCAAAGUUAGUCCGACGCCGGCGCCGCCGGAGUCCGAUUCCGGCCGGAGAUUCAGCAGCGGCGAAGAAGGAAUCGCCGCCGUCCGCGAGAAGAUGAUGUACGAUUUCCAGACGGAGGCCGACAAAAUGAAAGACGCCAUAUUAGACGGACUCGAGGAACGCAAGGCUUCGAUUUCUCCUCCUCCGCCUCCGCCGCCGCCGGAAGGCGGCGAGGCCCAACGCCCCUGGAACUUGCGAACGCGGCGAGCUGCCUCCUCAAAGACAUCGCCGCCGACUGGAAUCGUCUCCGGCCGAUUUGAUUUCCCCACCAUUACAGCCGCCGCCGCCGCCGCCGGCAUCUUCAAAUCGGAUUUACCGAAACCUAAUUUCCUCCCGCCGCCGCCGCCGACAACGUACAAGUCUCCGAUCAACGAAGCCACUACGAGUGGCGGGAAAAGAGAACGCUCUAAAUUUUCAGUGGUGAUCUCGAAAAAGGACAUCGAGGAGGAUUUCUUCGCCAUCGCCGGCCACCGGCCGCCGCGCAGACCCAAGAGGAGGGCUAAGGCUGUCCAGAAGGAAUUAGAUUGCCUCUUCCCCGGAUUGUGGUUGACCGACGUUACUCCCGACAUGUACAAGGUUAAUGAAACAGCUCAAUAACACAAAAAAAAAAAAAAGGUGAAAAUCGGUAAUCUCUUCGGAACUUUGGAUGGAUUUAUGUGCUCAUGUGUUUGCUGGAGGUCUGAGUUUUGAAUCCUGAUAUUGUCUGCAGUGACUAAACCGACGAUAGUUUCAAAUUCUUUGCUCAUUGAUAAUGGCUGUUGUGAAGGAUGAUGGAGAAAUGAACAAAGGACUAUUCUUGUAUUUGAAUUGCGGAGGAGACCUAAUCUGGUUUCUUUAUACUUUUUUUUUUUUUAUUUUCUUCCGAUAAUCGUAAGUGUUCAUACAUUUGUUCGGUUGGGUUGAAUAAAUUUUAACGUAGAGGAAUGUUAUUUCAUUUGUUGUUCUAGCAAUUCAACAUUAUACUCUUAUGUCAUUCGACUUUGCAAUUCUCAGUUCUUAUAAAAGGAAGAUUUUAGUGUUAUGAGUUACA